AUGUACAUUCCAGACCACCCCCGGCAUUUUGGCCCCCGUCAGAAUGGGCCGGCUAGCGACCCCAAUACGGAGAAGAGCAGCGAUAAUGGCGGAGAUCACACAACGACCAGCAAGAACAACAUCUUCAUCAUUUGCGCCGCCUGCAUCAUCUUCGUGCUAUCAUUCAUCUUGAUGCUCUACUUUGUACUGCGUACCCUUCGCCGAAUGGAAUGUCGCCCUAAAUAUAUACCCGGAAAGUUCUUGAAGGAUCGCUGGAAUCGAUGGAACGUGGGUGUCACCUAUGGACAGGUCCCGGAUGGAUCCUCGACGAAUAAUUCUGGCCAUGCCUCGACCGAAGCAGCUCCCGAAGGAGGCUCGGAAAUGCACACUACUAAUGCAGCUGUUCGACGGGAAACCUCAAUUCGGUCCAUCAUUACUCUUCCGCCAUAUUCAGCCAGCCCGAAACCCACUGAACAGGUGAUUGCUCGUGAGGGUGAGCGCGAAGGUAUGGAUGUUGUGGUAGAAUUUCCUGAAACUGCAGAGGAGGAAGAAGAGCGCAGAGAAAACUUGAUGGAGUCUCUAUACCAAAUACGCUUGCAACGCAGACAAGAGCUAGCCGAACGGGAGCAGCGACGACAGGAGCGUCAUGAGGCUCGUGCUCAGGGAGAUCAUGCUCGCCUUGAACAGCUACGCAUCCAGAGUCGGGCGCGCGCACAGAGUCGAUCAUCUGCCAACGCCAGCAAUGCGACUCUUAGCGCAACGCUGGCGGAAAGCCAGGGCCGUGGCCGCGACAGACGUAUCUCCAGUGUGUCCUAUGCGGAGGUAGGAUACGUCCGCCACGACGGAUCGCGUGUUCGAGCCUCGUCGCCCGAUUCCGACCGACGACCUCUUUUGACAGAUGCUACUGGCGUGGGCUCCGAGCCAGCUGAUCGUUCAUCCGGCUCGGUACUGACCGGGGUGCACUCGCGAGGCGAGUCAUACUCAUCCUUCCAGUCCGGUGCCACCACCAUCUCCGAAGCAGAUACUCUGACCCAGGUUCGAUCUCACGCGGCCUCUACACACUCUCUAGGGCAGCCCCUCCCAGGUCCCGAUGACGGUGGUGACGUUGGUGCCCUUCAUAUUCCGCCCCCGGACUACGAAGACCUCGACUGGGGAGAGGCCCCUCCGUAUCAAAGCCCAAUCGCCGACCGAGGCGAACAUGCGCCUCAACUGCGGGAACUGACUUCCUUACCUAUAAUUCAUAUCGAUGCUGCCAGUCCCGUCAGCAAUACCCCCACAACACCCAUAAAUUCCUUGCGAGCAGAAGAAGUCCCAGCCGCCCAUGCGUCCGUGUCAGAAGACCCUGCUGAGAACCGCCCGCUUGUUGAGCUAUCAAUGGAAGGGCACUCAGUAACGGACGGUCCUCCUGCUCGUUCAUCCCGCAUAACGGAUAUGUCGCGCGAGGCCACCACCCACAGCUUCGCGUCCUUUGGCUCAGAUUUUGAUCCCGAGCACGAAGCUCUUGCGUCCACACAGGAGAUUGGAAGGAGUCCACGACUCCCCGACAUGUAUAGCAGUGCACGAAACCGUUCCGAAGUCCAGCAGGACGAAGAGCCGGAUUACGCCUUCAACACCUCAACGUUCGAGCAAUACCUCCCUAACUUCUCGCCGGUGGGCACAUCGGAAGAAGAGAUGGACCAUGACGAGGAUGAUAGCAUCUCCAUCGAAGCUGGAAGAGGACCUGCAAAGCCCGCACGCCGACUGGACGAUUCAAGAAACUCAUACAUGAGCAUUGAGAACAGCGUGCGUUCGUCGUCACCAGCCAUUAGACUCGACUUUCCCACAUCCAAUACACCACAAAAGUCCGCUCUGCGCGGCGCGCCCAAACGGGCUGCUAGCGAAAAUUUGCGCAAGGAUGCUCAAAUCCGACGCGCGAGUCUCGCCCACAAGGAGAAUCUCGAUCCUAAAGCGGCUCGGAAGGAGCAGCGCCGGACUCUCUCGGACUUUCAUGCAAAGGUCCGUGACUCCUACGACGGAUCCCUGCUCGAAGACGAACGGCCGUCAGCAGCAGUCAGCCAUACGCGUCCGACGCGCUUCGCCAACCCGAACCUCUCCCACCAGAUUGCGGACGCGGUCGAAAAGGCUUCGCAGGAGGCUUAUGCUCGCGAAUUGCGUCGCGGAAAGGCUGCUACGAGCUCCCGCAGCAUGUAUAACAUAGCUGGAGAUACGGCAACUCAACAAUCAUUCCUCCUCCCCGAUCUGCCUAACCUGUCGGAGCUAGUCUCCGGGGUGUAUGAAGAUGGUAACCCGGUAUAUGCACGCCAGAAUCGCGCGCGCACCACGCGUUUCGUCUCACCGCCGCACGAUGCCAUGGAUGUAUCUCUAACGCGUGAGCAUAUACCGCUCGAUGCGGUCCCUAUCCCAGAGGACGAGAAAGCCCUGUUCGUCUCGUUGAGACUCCUCCAAGAUAAGGUGGCCGAACUCGAGAGAGCUAAAAUGGAUGCGGAGAGGAAGGUUGAGGAAAUGAGACAGGAGAGUACGUCGCUGAAGACGAGUAAGGCCCGUGGCAAGGAGAAAGUCUCACGUGCCAGAUCGUAUGAGUCUGAGGAGGACGAGUACAGAAAGGAUCGCCUUGCGCGCGAAAAUCAGAAAUUGGAUACAGCAAAUCUUGCGCUUCAAAACAAGCUGGAUCUCCUCGAAAGGAAGGCUGAACUUCAAGAAGCCUCCUUGAAGCGUUUGAACCGGGAGCGAGACAUGGCGGUCUCCCAGUUAGGCGUAUCUUACCUCGAGACACAGGAUCUCAAGAAUGAGAUUGGAGCUCUCCGGCAAGAGAACGCCGAGCUCAAAGCUCAACUGGUGAAGCUUGCAUCCGGUUCCAAGAGUCAUGACGAUACUUCUGAAUCCGAGCAAUCGACCGCAACGGAGAUAAGCGAAGGCGAUGAUCAAACAGACACACAGCAGAGCAGAAACUUCAGCAGAAGCACCAAAGACCUCACCUCGAAGAGCGCACGCUCCCGAUCCAAGGCCGGUCGCCAGAGUCAUUCCAGCGCUAAGAUCUCCACUCAGGUUGACAAAGAGAUUGCGCGUCUCGAGAGAGAACGUGCUGAGGAGGCCCUGUUCUCCCUUGACAUGUCCCAAUCAAGAGAGAAAUCUAAGUCGAAAGCGGAAAAAUCCCGAAGCAAGCCCAGAAACAGUGAUGCCACGUCCAAAAAGCAGUCUAACACCGGCAAGCAACGCGUCAAGAGGGUGGUCGUGGAGGAGAUAGAUGUGACCGAGCCUGUUGAAUCAACUGGAGACGUCACAGACAAUACCAAAAAAUCUGGCGUGGUUGAGCAGGAUCUGACCCUUCUGAGCUUCGUUGAUGAACGCGAAAUUGCUCAGCUACGAAAGACAUUGGAGGAGGAACGCCUGGCUCGCAAGAAGCGGCAAUCGACUGCAGCAAAAGAGCUGACUGGCAACGAAACUGGGAACACCACCCGUCAGAGCGCGGCAAAGCCUGCAAUCCCUAGAAAAUCAUCCCUCAAGGAAAGCAAGGGGUUGCCUGCAAGGCCCGCCUCAGCAAUGGGCGACGUGACCGCCACAUCUAAUACUAGCAUGGUCGAGGGUGAUAGCAACUUGUCAGUGCCCGCUGAACGUUCUAGACGUCAUUCAGAUCAUGCCGCGACUGCUUCUACUCCCAGGCGGCGGCGACGGGUCGCCGAAGAGAUGACCUCCGCGUUCAUAUUACCCGACAUCACCCUGAAUCCUGCCAGCCUAUUCGAUAACCUUAACAAGCUCCCUGAGCCUACGCAGCGUGCGCUCGACAGUGCUACCCAGCAUAAUGGCAAGAAUUGCACCGUCUGCAAGCGUGUCAUGCCUGGUGACUCUUGCGAUCACACUGCAGAAACUGUGAAAGUUCCCAAACCUGUACCAGUCUCGGAGCGUAUGCCUGAGCCGUCCAUUCUCAACGAAGACCCUACUAUGCGGCCCGCUCAGUCCCCUGAAAUUGCCCUAGCGACUGUCCUCAAGGCCUUGGAAGAUGAACUGGCGCACCUGAAGAUGCAGCUGGUUGCGUACCAAGGUGCUUACAACAAGCUGGAUGUUUCGCUGAGCAAGAGGCACAGAAAAUCGCUUGGUGAGAAGGUUGAGAAGUUGUUGAAAGAUAUUGAUAUGAAGGCUGAUCAGAUCUACGCCUUGUACGAUGUCCUCGAGGGACAAAAACAGGAUGGCCGUGAGAUGACCGAGCAGGAAAUGGAAGUGACUCUUCAUUCGAUCGGGAUUGAAACGGGUGCUGAACGGACACGCGAUGUGACUACCGGAUCUACCAUGCCCUCCCACAAAGCCCCGGAACCGGACUUUGAUGAUGACGACGAGUUGCCCUGGGAAGGGUUCGAAAGCACGAUGGAGCUUACGGGUCGAAUUGAGUCUCUGACUGUACACUACUUCGCAAGGCUUGACAGUGCCUAUUUAUUCCUUCUGAUGAGUUCGCCGCCAUUGUCUGAUGAUAUCCUCAACCGAUCUACCGGCAAUGUAGAUGAUUCCACGCCUGCGACCGAAGUCAACAACACUGCUUAUCUCCGCCGAGGGCCAUCCCAGCAGGGAAGCGAAUUUCUCGCCCCAACUUCUCCUUCUGAGCACCACACCCUAGAAGACGAAAUAAGCUACAAUACCGCUAUUCGCGAUGAUAGUUCUGUACAAACUCGGAUCCUCGCGCCCGCCGCGGAAAUCAUCCCUUCGCGACGCCUAUCCAUAGACAUCGCCAACAGCAGCGAUGGCGACGACAGUGACGACGCCACUGAUGACGAGGACACCGAAGGGCCCACGAGUCCCUCGAGCGAAAAGCCAGUGACAUGGGCCUCGCUGCCCAACAAGGGUCAACUUGCGAUCUUGACCUUCGCGCGGCUGUCGGAGCCUCUGACGCAGACCUCUCUCCAGGCGUACAUGUUCUACCAACUCAAAUCCUUUGACCCUGCCCUGCCGGACUCGACCAUCUCCGCUCAGGCCGGUAUACUUCAAGGCAGUUUCACCGCUGCACAGUUCCUCACGGCAGUCUGGUGGGGCCGCCUGGCUGAUGCGGACUGGAUGGGCCGGAAAAGAGUGCUUCUGAUCGGACUGCUCGGCACCUGCAUCUCGUGCUUGGGAUUCGGCUUUUCGCACUCGUUCGCGGCGGCAGUGGUCUUUCGCACGCUGGGAGGGUGUCUGAAUAGCAAUGUCGGGGUGAUGCGGACCAUGAUCGCCGAGAUCAUUGAGGAGAAGAAGUACCAAUCUCGUGCAUUUCUUCUCCUGCCAAUGUGCUUCAAUAUCGGUGUAAUCAUCGGACCUGUUGUGGGCGGUGCACUGGCGGACCCGUUGAACAGCUACCCACAAGUCUUUGGCCCUGGAACAUUCCUUGGUGGCGCUGACGGAGUUGGGUGGAUGAGACGAUGGCCAUAUGCGCUACCGAAUGUUCUCAGUGCAAUUUACCUCUUCGCCUCGCUAUUGGCCGUGUUUUUGGGACUUGACGAGACCCACGAAAUUGCGCGUUACCGCGACGACUGGGGUCGGAAGCUGGGGCGCAUUAUUGCGAAAUUCUUCUCUCGCCGCCGAGGUCGCUACUACCGCCAGCUCCGAACCCAUCCGGACAAUGAAUCGAUUUACAUUGAUGGAAGCGUGACCAGCAUGUCGGCGCCUCCAAGCCCUAUCCGUUCGCGUGCUCGACCGCGUCACAAGCGCCCCAGCUUCAGGCAGAUCUGGACCCCGAAUGUUCUCCUGACCUUGUUGGUCCAAUUCCUCCUGGCUUUUCAUACCAGUGCUUUUAAUUCGAUGACAUUCACCUUCCUCCCGACGCCACGAGCUCCUGAAGGUAGUCGCAAGGGCUUCUUUCACUUCAGUGGUGGGUUGGGAUUGCCGUCCUCUCGAGUCGGCAUGGCGACCGCUAUCAUUGGGAUUAUCGGUCUGCCGCUGCAAAUUUUCAUAUACCCGCGCGUGCAAGGCCACCUGGGGACUCUGACCUCGUUCCGGACAUUUCUACCAUUUUCCCCCAUUGCCUAUGCAUUGAUGCCGUUCCUCCUCGUGCUUCCGCGGGUGCCGUGGCUGGUUUGGCCGGCUUUCACGAUUGUGGUGGGUCUCCAAGUUAUUUCGCGCACGUUCGCUCUCCCUGCGGCUGUCAUUUUGGUGAACAAUUGCGUCACCGACCCCUCUGUCCUUGGGACAAUCCACGGGGUUGCUCAGAGUAUUGCCAGUGGGGCUCGGACGUUGGGCCCUAUGAUCGGUGGAUGGGGCCUUGGUUUGGGGCUGCAGCAUAAUUUCGUUGGCGGAAUCUGGUGGGCGCUGGCCCUCGAGGCGUUGCUCGGCUGGCUGGCUUUGUUCAUGAUCUACGAAGGUAAAGGCAUCGAGAAGAAGAAGGCGUUACAGGAUGAGGAGGACGAGGAAUUUGAUGAACGCCGCUAA